AUGGUAUUAUGUAGCGUUGGCUCCAGCACCAGCACCAGCAGCACCAGCGUGGCCGCCACAGAGAUCGCCUCGCCUGUUGACGGCCUGCGGGGCCUCUACCCAGCAUCUACACCCUUCAAGACCGGCAUGCUGCGGGUCUCAGACCUCCACACGAUCUACUACGAGGUGCACGGCAACCCGAAGGGCGCGCCCGCUCUGUUCCUCCACGGCGGCCCGGGCGCCGGCUGCUACGCCAGCCACGCGCGGUUCUUCGACCCGAGCCACUACAUGAUCGUCCUGGUGAGCCCCCCCCCCCCAAAAAGUGACGGCAUACUGUCACAAGGGAAUCACCUCACCAAGGUUGAGUUUUAG